AUGCCCGAGGACUUCGCCUUCAGGACGGAGGUGGACUCGAGCAUGGUGUCUGGCUACGAUGCUCAAAUAUCCCCGGGAGCCACCCCCUUAGAAGCCGACCCGCCGCACACGCCUCUCCCAGUGACGCCACUGCCAGUCGACUCAGCCAGUUCUUCGCGAAACUCUGGGGCCAUGGAUGUUCUUGUUCACAAGUUGAGCAGGCAGACUCUGAGGCAGAUUUCACAACAAGACUCACAACGCAGUCUGCACAUGGAAGCAGAAGAGCCAGUAGAGAGUGCGGACUCGACUUGGACACAACUCCAAGCGCCUAUAUCGGCAUUGGGUCCAAUACCAGAGUCGCCCAUGCAGGUCGACAGCAGCCAACCGCCGCAACCUCGAGUCGGCAACCACUCAACACAACAGGUGCAGGAGUCGGAGUCACAGCUCGGAAAGCCUCAAACGGAGGACGCUGCUCUCUGUAAACACCCCGAACACAAGAAACUGCGGCGGCAGACAGAGACCAGGCCCAACAAGAGCGCUUCGAAUCUUCGCACACUGAGUCUUGUUACGGGCAUGAUUGAAAACGGUGUGCAAUGCAACGUGCAGGCGCCGGCAUCGGCCACGCCAACCACGAUACCACCGAUAUAUUUACCAUGCCGAACGACGUACAUCAAACCCGACAGUAACCCGAUCUAUCACAUGCGCAACAACACGCCCGCGUUGGAAAUCGACCCGGAAUGCUCUGAACAAGACCACGAGGCUCUACUCCACGACACUCUUGGCCUCCGAUAUGCGAGUGCGCCGGCAGGAAUCAGUAAAUACGGGUUCCAACGACACCGAUCAGCAUCCGAAGCUGCUGCUGCUUGUAAGAACAUGAAGAGGAACGUGGUUCGUAUGCGGCGGCGAAAGAAGACUACCGAUUAA